CCUGUUGGCUCUGCCGGCGUCCGGCACCACGCUGCAAGAUGGCGGCGCGCGCGCGGCAGGGCGGCCUGUGCGCGGCUGUGCUGGCCGGAGCGCUGCUCGCCCUCGGCCGCCUCCCGCUCGCCCUCGGGCAGGCGGCGGCGGAAGGCUCGGCCGCAGCCGUGCCGCACCGCCGCUUCGAGUACAAGUACAGCUUCAAGGGGCCGCACCUGGUGCAGGCGGACGGGACGGUGCCGUUCUGGGUGCACACGGGCAAUGCCAUCCCCAGCGCAGAUCAGAUUCGUAUAACAACGUCUCUGAAGAGCCAGAGGGGAUCAGUGUGGACAAAAAACAAGUCGAUAUUUGAAUACUGGGAAGUCGAAGUGACCUUUCGAGUUACGGGAAGAGGCCGCAUUGGAGCUGAUGGAUUGGCGAUCUGGUUUACAGAGGAGCAAGGCUUGGAAGGACCCGUGUUUGGGGCAGCCGAUGAAUGGAAUGGGGUUGGAAUUUUCUUUGAUUCCUUUGACAAUGAUGGAAAGAAAAACAACCCUGGAGUGAUUGUUGUAGGCAACAAUGGAAAACUUCAGUAUGACCAUCAGAACGAUGGUUCCACGCAAGCGCUCGCAUCGUGUCAGAGGGACUUCCGUAACAAGCCCUAUCCCGUUCGAGUAAAGAUAACUUACUACCAAAAAACAUUGACUGUAUUGAUUAACAAUGGCUUUACUCCGGAUAAAGAGGACUACGAGUUCUGUGCGAAAGUGGAAGAAAUGGUGUUGCCGUCACAAGGCUAUUUUGGAAUAUCUGCAGCAACAGGGGGACUUGCAGAUGAUCACGAUGUCCUGUCUUUUCUGACCUUCCAGUUGACUGAGCCUGGGAAGGAAGCACCGACACCGGACGCAGAGAUUCCUCAGAAAGACAAGGAGAAGUAUCAAGAGGAGUUUGAACACUUUCAACAAGAAUUGGAUAAGAAGAAAGAAGAAUUUCAAAAGGAACAUCCCGACGUGCAAGGACAGCCAGCGGAUGAUCUUUUUGAAACUGUAAGUGAUCGUGAACUGCGGCAGAUCUUUGAGGGGCAGAAUCGAAUUCAUCUUGAAAUCAAGCAGCUUAAUAGGCAGCUGGACAUGAUUCUGGACGAGCAGAGGAGAUACGUGUCUGCGGUCACGGAGGAGAUCGCUAAGAGAGGAGCUGCCUUGCCGGGCCAGCCGGGACCGGUUUCCCAGCAAGACAUGGAGACGGUUCUGAGAACUCAAGAAGAGGUUGUUAGACAAGUGGAUGAAAUAAGGAAGUCCGUGGCUGACACGCUGAGGCUGGUGAGCGGGGCCCAGCACCCUGGCUCUGCGGCAGCAGCCUACGAGGCAGCCCAGCACUUCAGUGACAUCAGGGAACACCUUCACGGCGUGAAGAGGGACAUCGAGCACUUGGUGCAACGGAACGUGCCAACUAGUGAGAAAUCAAAGUGUCCGGACUUGCCGCCGUUUCCAUCGUGCUUAUCUACAGUGCACUUCUUCAUAUUCGUAGCGGUGCAAACAGUGUUAUUCAUUGGUUAUAUCAUGUACAGGAGCCAACAAGAAGCAGCAGCCAAAAAGUUCUUUUGAUGGCCUGUUCCUUUUGUGCGUACAUGACAGCAGUAUGUAUGCACAGAAAAUUAUACACUUGUGUAAAUGGGGGAGAUUAAAGUGUUCGAUAUACUUCAAUAUUGUAAAUUAUUGAAUUGUGAUAGACAAAAUGAGUUCCCAUUUAAACAGCUGAUGCUGAAGUUAGAAGCAGAGUGGGGAGCACGUGGUAGAGGGGGCUGUGGAGCCUGUCUGGGUCCGUGUUCUCAGCUGACCUGCCCACAGAUACUGAACCAAAUGCCGUGUUCCUCCUCUUUCGUUGGGAUCCCGGCUCUGGUUGUUUGUAACGGGAGUUGCAGGGGGAUGGUCUGUGCAGAAACCUCGACACCGAGUGUCCCGACACGUCACUUGAUGAAAGAGGACAAGAAAGGCAAGCGAAGGGACAACGAAGCCCAAACCAGCUGCUCUUCAGUGUUUUUUGGCGGGAGUAAAAAUUUGUUAUCAACAUUUCAUUUAUUUACCACUUAGAUUGAACAGUUUAAGGAUUAGUUAGUUAAUUCUAACUCUUUGGGAAAUACAGAUUUAAACGCUUGUUAAUAUGUGGACACAGAGACAGACCCGUAACAGUCUGACUGAUGCAGAAAACAAUCUAUACAGAACAAGCAAAGGCCUCUCCACUUAGUUUGGGUUUGGUUUAAGACACUGAGAAAAAACAUGAUAAAGUAGUUUCUUGGAGUAUAUUGUGGGACUGUUUCUUUUUUGUACUUUCGAGUCUAUCUGUCAUUUUGUUUGGAGAUUUUUGGAACUUUUUCAGCAAAGAUAUAAUCGCUUUAUACCUGUUCAAAUCUGAUUUUUAAAAGGAUCUGUUCCGUGUGUGAAUAUGUCUUUACUUUGAUAAAGCUGUCUUUCAUGUAUCAAAUUCGGAUGCUUCGAUUUAACUCUUGACAUGGCAGGUAUUCUGAACUAGAGGUACUGAAUGUGAACCUGUUUCUUCACGGGCUGUUGCUUCAGACACGGUUGUUAAUGCAGCAGCUGUUGCAGAAUCAGUAUUGUGUGUCGGUUUCUGCUUUGAUAUCAAAAGCAUGAGCCUGAACGUGUGUGUUUGAUACCGUCUGUCAGGUGAACAUUUGCUUCAGGAAGGAAACAAAGCAGAUAACCCAGAUUAGGAAUGUGAAAUGAAUUAAUUUUGCCUUAUUUACUUACCUGUUGUAACUUUGUCCUUGAGUUGUUUGUGUGUAGAGUUAGAAUAGGGGUAUUCCAUUUUUAAAAACUCUAUAAAAUACACAAAUGCAUCAGGAUACUUCACUUUUAAUUAUUAAUUGGUUUGGCCGAACCUGCGGAAGUUAUUCGGCAUCUAGUGUUCGGUCGCUGCAUUCGGCCCGUGCUGCCGGGCCCGGGGCGGUGGGACCACGUCAGCAUCGCGCCCGUCGCUCUGGGGAAGCCAGAGAUCUAUGCAACGCGUUUUGUUACUGAAAGUACAGUGUCCAAAAGCAGAUGUCUGCGCAGUAUCGAUGGAACGGUGUGUAGUACGCUGUAACUGGUACGGCUUUAUAGGCUCGUUUACAAAUCUGAGAAGAUUUUUGCUGUACUAAUUGGAGAAACUGCUGCCUUGAGCUGAUCUUGCUGGAUAAAUGGGGUAAAACAAUGCAAAACCACUUUUCAGAUAAGCCAGAAUAACACACGGGAAUUGAUUCACUCAGUUCUUUCAACACCAGCAAAUACUUAGAGGUGCCUUGAGUCUAAGCUGUUCAACCCCGACCCUUCUGACUGCCCUUGAUGUGUUUUCUUAAAUCGUCGUGAACACAGGCGGUGCUGUCCUUUCAGCCGCCAGCCCUCCUGCGUCGGUGCGGGAGCUGCGCGGGGCGCCCUGCGUCCCACGGCCUGGUGCGAUUUGGUGGGCAGGUGCGUGUCUCUGUCACAACGAGGAACAGCUCUAGUCUGUCAACUGGAGGAAGCCCGUGUUUUUUGUUGCUGUGAAUUUAAACGUAACUCUGUUUUAAAGCUGGAGCAGCCCGUACUCUCGUGUCUGUUGGUAGAAAGAAGUGAAGGCUGGGAACGGUGUGUGGGGGAAACUCAGCCUACCCCGUUAUCUCCAGUGCGAGGCCCGGCCUGUGUGCCCGUGCUGCUCGUAGAUCUGGCGCGUCUCCCUGUGCAACCGGGAACCUCUUGUACUGGGGAGCACAAGGUCUAAAGCGUAACCUCCGAAAAGUGGUAACUUUGCUUCGUGCUUCAUUUCACAGUCCCGGAACGCUCCUAACUGCCUGGUCACUCACUGGAUCAAAGGAAACCUCCCAGCUGCCCAGCUCAAAUCCCGCCCCGCCUGCUCUCGAAGUGGGAGCAACAGAUUUGGACUUGAGAUAGUAUUUGCCAGUCAGCGUAGCUUCCUGUCACGGCUGCAUACCAGAAGGUUCUUUCAACACUGUCACAGUGCGGUUGGUUCUUACCAAGUAAGAUUUCAGACUAGAAGGAGGAGACAACGUGGAAUCCAGUUUGGCAGUACGGGUGAGAACCAGUCUAAUAGUUGUAUUUGAAGUGUGGAUCAUAAGUAGCAAAUAUUUGGCAGUGACGAGAGAAUCUCAUUGUACUGGUUGGAGUGUGUUAAAUACAUAGUCACAUGUGAAUCUUUUAAAAGUAAAAUUCACAAUACGGUUUGUAAAUUACCUAACUUCUUGUUUGAAGAAAAUUUGACAUUUAUCAAAGCAUCGAUUACUGUAACAGCAAAGACUGUCUACUGUUUUUUAAUUCAAACAGCUGACAUUUGCAUAUGUUUGUUUCUGUCUAAUGUAAAUUGACACUUGAAGUUCAGAGAGAACCUUAUUUGAAUAAAGAUGCAUAUUUUUAGUAA